AUGGAGGCACAGAGUCCCGCCAACCACCGCCAUCCGUACAUGGGCAAAGGGCACAGUAUUAAGGUUGAUGUUGUGACUCGACAGGCUUUAGUUUCACCAAUCUUCAGGAAACAGUCGGUGCCGCCGAUCUCAGAAAGAUACGUAAAAAUUUUCGACCCAGUGAGCAACAAUUUGGAAUCUCAAAGCGACGAAAAUUAUUUGCUGGAAAGUAAAUUGUACGACAAAUAUAAGACCAUAUUUAACAACAUAUCGGCCGAAGCAAUAAUAAAUUUGAAAAAAACUAAGCCAGAAUCUGACAUCGAGUCGGACAAAAGCUCUUUUACGUGCGAAUCACACAAUUGUAAAAUAAGUAACACGAAAAGGAAAAGAGCGAAAACAAUUGAGCCUGAAACCCCGAGUUUGGAUUCUAUAAGAUCAAAAUCGGACUAUCUUUUUGUAAAGCCAUGGAUACAGUACCUGCCAUCGAUCGUUGAGUCGAUUUAUCGUCUUUCAAGGAAUAAGGGGGAUUUUCAUAAUAAAAUUCAGAAAAAGAAGAAGUUACAUGAUGGUUUGAAGGAGAUUCCAUCAAGUUCUUCACUGGAAGCAUCUGAAAGGAGCCUUUCCGAUGAUCACCGUGUAAACACGAAAGCAUCGACAGACUGGCUUGGAGAAACUGAGGAGGACAAGGAGAAGAUAAGCUAUAAGUAUGUGAAGAACCUGGCGUACUCACUCCUAACGUUUGUUAACACGAUCGACGAUUGGAAUCACAGAGUGGAUGAGGCGAUGUGCAGAACAGGCGUCGACAGAAUAACGCUGAACGAGGCGAAAUCACUCCUGCAAGAGUUCAGAGCAUCGACGAGUGGGAUCCUGAGCUCACGUGCAGCAGAUAAACUGGAGUGUGCAAUAGCAAGGACGGAGGAGUACCGGGUGGAAAUACGGAGGAGACUGGCGGGCAUCUUCGAAGACACGGAGGAAAACACGGCGGAUUUGGAAGAUGUGGAGAAUUUCCUGAAGCAGGGGAUGAACACGACGUUCAUGACGCCAGAGUACCUGACGCUGAACCAGGUGUUCUACAACAUAUCGGCGCUGAGGCACCUGAUCGUGGAGUCGCUGAUACAGUCGGAGUUCGAAGUGUGCUCGUCACUGCUGGAGAAGAGCGGCGAGUAUUCGCUGAAGAUUCCGGACGUAGAAAUCAUCAGGAAACACGUGGAAAACUCACUGUGGCUGUACCAGGCGCAGAAAUACACUCAGAAACCAGCAAACUACACACUAGUAUCGGAGCUGCUCGAAAACACACCAGAAGAGCUGAAGGAUACUAAGAUAUACAAGCACCUGAGCGCGAAGUUGCAAAUGACGCUGGAGUGGAUGAAUAAGUUUGACGACCCGAAGUUUAACAGAAUAAUAAUGUACGAGACAAUUAAGUCAAACAGGUACAGCGAUAAGACGAAAGGGGAGAGUGACAGCGUAGGCAAUGAAAAUCGUAGAACUGAAGUUUUGAAGGAAGUAAGCAAGGAACCGAAGCUGACGCCGGAGGAGCUGGAGUCAGCAUACAACGGGUAUCAAAACCUGGAGAUGACGAUACCGAGCCUGAGGAACAUAGAGCCAGUGUACAACAUGUGGAGAAGGUUCAAGAGAAGGCUGAGGAAGCUGGAGACCUUGUUGGCAUCAGACAGUAAAGUUAACGGGAUCAUGGAGUCGCUGCUGGUGCUGCAGCAAGCAGAAGCAGUGACGGAGUACGUGGACACAGCAGAGUUGCUAGAGCCGCUGAGAAACGAAGUGGAGGUGGCGCUGACAUUUGAAAGGAAGUGCAGAAGCGUACUCAACAGAUUCAACAACUGGUCAGUGACCGUGGACACGAUGAAGCUGAAGACGGAGUGGAACGCACUGAUAAACUUUAAAAGGACAGCAACAGUAAACAGCAGUGACCUGACGGAUAUGAUAAACAUCAUUAAAGCGUACUUAAGUAGAAGCACGGAUGCUAUUAUUGAUGAAACGAACAAUUUUAACGACGAUGCAACGACCAAUUUUAACGACGAUGCAACGACCAAAAUGAACAAUGGUGAAACUCGGAACCUAAGCUUUGAUGAAGAAGUGAAAACAGGCCCAGAAGAUAAAUUGGAUAAUAACAAGGCCAGAGUAGCCAAUUCAAAAAAUAAAGAAAGUAAGGAAUCAAGAAGUGAAAAGGGAAGUAGGAAGAUACAAUUUAGCGAGUUGGUAGAGUUGUACGAAGAGUUUCACAAACUCAAGGUUAAAAACUGGCAACAAUUCAGAAACGUAGAAGACAUCUAUAAGUUGGGAUUGGAGUUGAGAGAUAAGGUGAGCGUUGUGACUGGGAGCAUAAAGGAGGGCCUGAGGACAGACGAGCUGGUGUCAAACCUAAUCUUGGUGUCGCUGGAAACAAUAAGGUACGGAGCGAACAUGAGUCUGGAAGAGGAGCUGCUGAAGGCACUGAAGUACUGCCUGUGGUCAAAGAAGCUGUACGGGGCGCUGAACAAGCUGUACAGGCAAAAGAGCAGAGAAUCUGAAGAAAAGAAGCCCAAGGAAGGAGGAUAUCAGCCGGAAACUGAAGAUGGAGAGGGGAUCAAAGAAGAAAACUGGAGGCACUGCGAAGCGCUGCUCCGGAGGCUGGCGUCUGAGCCGGAGAGGGACGCGUUUAAGGAGUACGUGAACGCAAAAAACACAAUAGCGCAUCAUCUGAACUUGGACACACGGAAGGCGGAAGAUGUUGGCGGUGCCAACGCGAGAGCCUUUGAAACGAAUAAUUCGCAGAGGGAAGAAUCUAUAAAUCGAGAGCUCGGCGCGGCAGAGGAGAUCGGCGCGGAUGAAGGCGCGAACGGAGGCCAGAGUCACUCGAAAACGCGCAGAAAAGACAGCCGCUUCAGAGGCCUGGUGGUUUCAAAAGAGAUUCUGGCGAUGACUGAGCUGGAGGUGGUCAUCGAGUUCACAAAGCACACGGCACGAUAA